GGAUACUUGGAAAUCCACCUGACGUACUAACACUCACAAAUUCAACAUUUCUCUAUACUUCCACCUUUCUUCGGAGUUUGGAAAUGUGAGGUGAUGUUAAAUCGCCGAAAAAAUACGUUUCAAAUACUUGGCCUCCACCAUCAGAUGAAACAUGUCUGGUGGAGGGGGAAAAAAAGUGAUCAUAACAAAAACAAAUCAUCAUCAACAAUUAUGUCCUUGUAUUUGGCGGAUGAUAAACCAAGUUAUCGUACUAGUGACACCGGAGCUUCAACUAGUCUGCCGUUAAACAUCUAUGAGAUGUCGGCGACAUCGUCGUCUUCACCACCACCACCACCACCAUCAUCGAGCUCAUCCAAAGAAGAAGAGAGCACUCUCAACGGACAACAACAAGCAUUAGUAAGCACAGAGGAAGAAACCAUGAGCAAAUCCAGCAAAAAAACCACCAACAACACGGCCAUACCACAUGGUGUGGUAUCCUUGAUAGGUCGCCGGAGAUCAAUGGAGGAUGCAGUCGCAAUAUUACCCGGCCUCGUUCGAGUAGUUAAGCAUGAUUCUAGCAAGGUGGAGGAAUUGUUGGAUUACGACUUUUUCGCCGUGUACGACGGACACGGUGGUGGUCAUAAGGUGGCGCAAAAGUGUAAGGAGCGGCUACAUGAGUAUGUAGUGGAAGAGAUGAAUGAUGUAGGGAUUAUGAAUGAAUGGGAGAGUGUGAUGGUUAGUAGUUUUGCUAAGAUGAAUGAUGAGGUGGCAAAGAUAAUAGUGGAGGAUUUUGAUGUAAGUUAUGGUGUUGCUGAGGUGGCAAUGGGGUCCACAGCAUUAGUGGUUUUAGUGGGGAAAGAAGAGAUUGUGGUGGCUAAUUGUGGGAAGUCUAGGGUGGUUUUGUUCCAUGAUGGUGCCGCUUUGCCCUUGUCACGUGAUUAUCAGCAUAAGAGACCAAAAGAAAACGAGGGAGUUGAAGCAGCAGAAGGUGAUAAAUCUCUUCAGCCAUCCAUGAUACAUGAGCCUGAUGUCAUAGUUCAUAAACGCAUCCCUUCAGAUGAGUUUCUUGUGAUUGCUAGUGAUGGUUUAUGGGAUGUUUUAUCCAACGAGACGGCCUGCGAUAUUGUGACGAAAUGCUUUUCCGACGAAGUCGUUUGUAAGAUGGUGGUGGAUGGUUUAACUGCGAACUGUGCAUCAGCAUCUGCUGCUAUGUUGGUUGAGCUAGCACUUGCUCGUGGAAGCAAUGAUAAUAUUACUGUCAUAGUGGUGAAGCUGCAAAGUCGUGAUUGCUAAUCUCAUGAAAAAUUGGAAUAACUGAUUGGUAUGACCAAAUGAUUUUUAUUACCACUCCGAACAAUAUAUUACGCACUACUCAUGCAUACAAAUUUUGCUUUUUAAAUGUUCGUAUGGACAUUUUCAUUGAAUCCGAAUUCUCUGUCACAUAAUAUGUUAUGUGUACCACGUUAUAUUAUUAUUUUUUUACAAUUAAAAAGGGGUGGGUUAUAAUAGUAAUAGUCAUAUCCGAUAUAAGAAAGUGGUACAUUAUUGUGAGACAUAGAUUUUGAUUCAUUUUAUUUGUUUGUAUGUUGGGAGUGCUAAAAUCAUCUCGAGUAUUAGGCUGCAGAUGUAUUAUAUCAGGUUUCAGUUUCAUCAAGUUUGUUUGGGUUAUCUAUAGCAAUGUAUUAUAUUUAUGCAUGUAUUAUAGAAAAGGGGUGUAUUUUAAGUUCGUCUGCAGUUUAGUAUUACAGGUUGUUUUUUUUUCUUUUUCAAGAGUUGUACAAAUAGAAUGCAAACGGAAGUUGUCAAAACUAUGUCAUGUAAGUGAUUUUCGUCUUUAUAUGUAUAAUGUUGAUUGUAAGAUGCUUGAAUAAAACGGGAAGCGAACAUUUUAGAGCAA